AUGGAUCAAGUCAAGGGAUAUUUAAAGACCAUUGAUACGGCUUUUGCUGGUCAUUCUUACUUAGGUUUAUUCGAACACCACACCGGAUUACCUCGGUCCUAUGCCAUCAUUGUAUUCUCAUUGGUGUAUUUGGUGUUGGUUUUCGCCAACAUUGCAGGAAUCGGAGAGUUUUUAUCUAAUCUAGCUGGGUUUGUAGUGCCUGGUUAUUUUUCACUUUUAGCGUUGAGAACAAAAGAUACAAAGGAUGAUACGUUGUUAUUAACUUACUGGGUUGUUUUUGCCUUUUUGAACGUUAUUGAGUUCUUUUCCGUGGUAAUCUUAUACUGGAUUCCUUUCUACUUUUUAUUCAAGACUUUGUUUUUGAUUUAUAUUGCAAUUCCUUCUACUGGUGGUGCCUUAUCCAUAUACGCCACAGUCAUUCUUCCCGUUUCAGAACAAUUUUUUGGUAGGAAAUCAUUUACUGAAAAGAUCGAUGAUGUUACAGAGGGUGUCACUACCGCUAUUGAGAAAUGA